AUGAUGGAAGAGGUUCACUUGUUUGACGACAUGGAUGCAAAAACCCGUAGGCUCUUUAAAAUUUACAUCAAACUCGGUUGGAAAAAACUGAACGACUACUAUGAUAAACUGACCUCGACCGCCUAUGUGGCGGUGGUUGUAUUCCAGAGUAAUAAAUGGCGAGCUUUAGAGCAGCUUUGGAAUCAGCUGCCGUCUCGUCAGACAUCAGGGUGGAAAAAAGCUUACGCAGGGAACUUGACAAGCAUCUGGGAGGAAAAUUACAAGCACAUGGCUCACGAGCCAGCCUGCAAUGCCAUGUUAGCAUCUGGAAGCCAUGAUGCCUUGGACUACAUUGAGCGUCGAUUGGCGUUUAGUCGAUGA